AUGGCUGAGUUAACUGCUGAGGAGAAGAAGCGGAUAUUGCGCGAGCGGCGCCAGGCCAAGAUGGGCCAAGGCAAAGCGCUGGAGCGGCUCAACCUGAUCUUGGGGCUGGGACUGCUGGUGAAAGCCGAUAAGGUCACCCUGGUGCUCGAUAAGCCCCAACCGCCGCAAGCCGAGGCGACCGGAGUCCACACGCCGCCCCAGCCGCCGCUGGCCCAGUUCACCAGCCCCAUUACCAGUACCACGCCCAAUAUCCUUAGCGGCGACGACGACCCCGAAGUGGUCGAUAUAUCCCGUUUUGACGGCGGGGCGCCCCCGCCAGAAAACCCCGACGAUAUGCUCCAGCAAUUGAUGCUGAGGGUCGCUGGUUAUAACGGCGAGAACGGCGGUGGCGACGAUAUGCUGAAGAUGUUUUCGGCAAUGAUGAAAGGAGAGAUGCCCGAUGUGGGCGGCAAUUUCCCGAACCAGCCGCUGCCGCUGGCGCUGCCGGAGGAGAUCGAGUACCAGGCCAAACUCGGCGCGUACCACGCCUACCAGGCGAAAAAGACCAAGUUUGUGUUUUUGAUCGUGCGGUAUAUCGCGGUGUUGGCCAAUUUCGGCUACCACUUCUACCACUACCGCUACGACGGUUUCUCUGCCGCCCAGACGGACCGGGUGCGCCACGAGUGGGACCACGCCGAUAUUCUGGGGUUUUUCCAGGUAUUUGUCGCGGUGGAGGUCGUGAUCAUGCUGGCGUGGUACGUGGUGCUGCGCAACCACCACCUUCGAGGCGAUUCUGGGAUCAUCAUGAAAGGGUUGAAUGCGGUGCUGAUGUUUGUGCCCCAAGUAGACCGGUACCGGCGCUAUAUUGCCCAAGCGAUGGGCUACUGGCUGGUGUUGGGGGUCUUCUUUGGUGACUUGUCGUUGGUGGUGGUGCUUUUCGGGUUGUUGUCGUGUGUCUAG